GGUUGUCAACCGCCGAUAAAAGCCAAUAGAAGUAGCAGAAGAAGAAGCAGAAGAAGAAGAAGAAGAAGCAGGAAGUGCGAGCAGCAGCCGCCAGAGCAGAUUAGCCUGAUUAGCCUGCAGGCUAACGCAGUGAUAUGAGGUGUCGGAGCUGAACAGUGUGUGACCCGUGUUGACCUCAGUGGGCAUUGCUGUGGGCGAUGGCUCUGAUUGAAGGUGUUGGAGACGAGGUGACGCUGCUGUUCGGCUCCCUGCUGCUGCUCCUGGUGCUCCUGCUGGCCUGGAUCUCCACCCGCACCGCUGAGCCCCCUGAGCACCUGUUCUCCUCCACCACAGGCCCUGCCCCUUCACAGAGGAGCAGCCCCACCCAUCAGGACACACCUCCCUCCAACACCACCUCUUCAUUCCCCUCAAGCUCUGUGAGUGACAGCUCUCUGACAGAGGCUCCGUCCACCAACGGCUCCACCCGGGAGGAGAAGGAGGGGGUGGGCGAGAGGCGGGAGGGAGGGGAAGGAGAUGGUGUUCGAAGCAGAGGAGGAGGAGCAGGAGCUGGAGGAGGAGGAGGAGGAAGAGGAGAGGGAGAAGGUGAAGGUGAAGGAGAGCCUUCAUCCUCUCAGAGGAACAUGGUGCUUCGACUGAAGUUCCUCAACGACACUGAGAGGACGGCUCAGGUCCAACCACAGGACACCAUCGGAUACAUCAAACGGACAUACUUUGCCGGUCAGGAGCAGCAGGUCCGUUUGAUCUAUCAGGGUCAGCUGCUGCAGGACGAUGCUCAGACCUUGGCCUCUCUGAACCUGGUCCAUAAUUGCGUUCUACACUGUCACAUCUCGCAGCAUGCCAGUCGGGGGGUGGCGGGGGGCCCGCGGCCCGCCGACCAGGUGCAGGUAGCUCUGAACGUUGGCAGCCUGAUGGUCCCCCUGCUGGUCCUCAUGCUGUCUGUGCUGUGGUACUGUCAGAUCCAGUACCGGCAGUUCUUUACCGCUCCGGCCACCGCCUCGCUGGUCGGAGUCACCAUCUUCCUCAGCCUGGUGGCAUUCGGAGUCUAUCGGCGCUAGCUGCUCUCUGAUUGGCUGCUGCUUCUGUCUGUGACCUUUUGACCUCUGAGCCAGCGGGACUCAAACCUCCGGGACAAAAUGGACGCUGAUAGAUUUAAUGUUUCUUUUUCUGUUGCCAUGGAGACAACGAGUGUUAACAAGGAAUUUUUGACCUUUUUUUUAAAUUUUUUUUUUAGCUCUUGUUUCUCUGUAAGUUUCAUCAUUGUGCCUCUUUUACUUUCUGGUUCCUUCGGUCUGUUCUGGUCCUGGUCAGACCAGCACCAGAUUGUAGACCUGACUUGUCUGUCUGUCUGUCCGUCUGAACAGGAAGUGUAAAUUACAGCUUUUGAAGAGAAAGAAAUUCUAUUAAAUCAUUUAUUUAUCUUG